UUCAGUGGGAGCGAGUACAGCCGAGGUUGCAAGGCUGGUACCGGGGGAUCGAGAGGAGGAAACGCGGAGGGAAUGGCUGACAGCUGACUGCCUUUUGCGGAGGGACGCAUCCGAUGGGGGGUGGGAGAGAGAGAGAGGGAGAGUGAGCCGCGUUUCGUCGCCUUGCUCUUUCACCAUUACACACUUGUCGGCUCGCACAGGGGGUGGAAAUGCAUGACGAGCCCGUUUCCUUGCGUUAAUGGGACCGCGAAAGCGUAAAAAAGCCGAAGGUGUUGAUCUGUUUACUGGGGCGCUUUUGCGGACCUCGUACGGACCUUUACGCUCUAUGAGGAAUAAACGCAGACGGGAGACAUCGUUCAUUCCGAGCGGGAAUAUCGUAUUUUUAAAAAGUCUCUUUUUGAAAACACCGAAGAAGACCGAGAUAAAGACUAUGCAUGCUUUUUUGCCUUGUGGGAAACAUAAAGAAACUAGAAAAAAAUUGUAUUUCCUAGGGAAUGCGCGACUAAGUCAGUGAUCGGACCGACGGAUUUCCCCGUCUAACACCGAACGAUAUAAAUGAUUUAACCUGCGAGGGGGUUUAUCUUUUACCAAUAAAGACAAUCGGUGUUUUUAAUAGGCAGCCAGGGGCCCGGUCUGAUCUCGUAGUGCGCCUCCAGAGAGACAAUGUGCCGGCUGAGCCUCGGGAUUUUACUUUCUAGCUGCUUGCUGAUGUGCGGCGGCACCGCUGGACGGGGGCAGCCCGGGCCGGCUGCGUGCGCCUCCGGGUGCCGCUGUGACGGGGACGGUCGCGCUGACUGCUCCGGCAGGGGGCUGGCCGUCGUCCCGGCACGACUCAGCGCUUUCACCUACUAUUUGGACAUCAGCAUGAACAACAUCACGGAGCUCCCAGCAAACGUCUUCAGGAAUCUCACCUAUUUGGAAGAACUACGGCUGGCGGGAAACGAUCUGACAUUCAUCCAUCCAGAAGCCCUCUAUGGACUCCACCAGCUCAAAGUCCUGAUGUUACAGAACAACCAGCUGAAGACGGUGCCAAGCCAGGCUCUGCGAGGUCUCCACGCUCUCCAGUCCCUCCGCCUGGAUGCCAACCACAUCACAGAGGUCCCGGAAGACAGCUUCGAGGGCCUGCAGCAACUGCGACACCUGUGGCUGGAUGACAACAACCUGGCCGAGGUGCCCAUGGGACCCCUUGGGAAUGUGGGUAGCCUCCAGGCUCUGACACUGGCCCUCAAUCGCAUCACCCGCAUCCCUGACCGUGCCUUCGCCAACUUCUCCAGCCUGGUGGUGCUGCAUCUGCACAACAAUAAAAUCAAGGAGAUUGGGAAGAAUUCCUUCAAUGGCCUCGACAACCUAGAAACCUUAGAUUUAAACUUCAACAACCUGGAGACAUUUCCGGAAGCAGUUCAGGCACUACCCAAACUGAAGGAGCUGGGAUUUCACAGCAACAACAUCGCGGUCAUUCCGGAGAGGGCGUUUCAGAAUAACCCACUGCUGCGCACCAUCCACCUGUAUGACAACCCACUCUCCUUUGUGGGAGUCUCGGCCUUUCAGAACCUGUCCGAUCUACAUUCCCUGAUGCUGCGCGGGGCCAGUAAGACGGAGCUCUUCCCCAGCCUGACGGGAGCCGUUACCCUGGAGAGCCUGACGCUGACGGGGACACAGAUCGGCGCCAUUCCCUCCUGGCUUUGUGAGGACCUGCAGUCACUGAGGACGCUAGAUCUGUCGUACAAUGAAAUUAAGGAGCUACCAGGAUUUCAAGGCUGUUUUCAGCUUGAGGAACUAAACCUGCAGCACAAUCACAUCCAGCUGAUCCACAGGGACACCUUCCAGGGACUGGCCUCACUGCACAUCCUAGACCUCAGCAGGAAUGAGAUCACGUCGAUUCAUCAGGACGCGUUCUCUUCCUUGACAUCACUAACAAACCUGGACUUGAGCUUGAACCAUCUCAGCACCCUCCCGACGGCGGGACUCAGCAGUCUAAACCAGCUCAAGCUGACCGGGAACCUGGAAAUGAAGGGUCCUCUGAUACCUCGGCACCUUCCCAGGCUAAGAACUAUCUCGCUUCCCUAUGCUUACCAAUGCUGUGCCUUCACUGGAUGCGAAAGCGUCCUGAGCUCGACCCAGGAGGAUGAAGGGAAGACGGGUGUCAGCAAUGCGGACAGUGCCGAGGAGGAAGAGAGGAUCCCACUUCCCCUGCAUUGCUCUCCUUCCCCAGGGGCCUUCAAGCCGUGCGAGUACCUGCUGGGCAGCUGGAUGAUCCGGCUCACGGUGUGGUUCAUCUGCCUGGUGGCGCUGCUGUGCAACACUCUGGUUCUGGCCGCCACCUUCUCCGGGGGCAGGACGCCAUCUCCCGCCAAGCUGCUGCUGGGGCUGCUGGCAGCCGCCAACCUGCUACUGGGGAUCUACGUGGGCUUGCUGGCCACGCUGGACGGCGCUACCUGGGGCGUCUUCGGUCACUUUGGCGUGCGCUGGGAGACGGGGCCGGGCUGCCGUGCCGCCGGCUUCCUGGCCAUCUUCUCUUCGGAAGCCGGCGUGCUGCUGCUGGCACUGGCCGCAGUGGAACGCAGUGUGGCAGUGCGGCUGCUACUCCGCAAGGGCCCACGGCGCCGCCGCUAUGGCCGCGUGCACCUGGCCGCCGCCCUGCUGGCGUUACUGGCCGGGGCAGCGGCCUGUCUGCCCCUCUUCCAUGUGGGCGAGUUCUCCGCAUCGCCGCUCUGCCUGCCCUUCUCCGCCAGCGACACGGCCUCACUGGGCUUCACCGUUGCCUUGGUGCUGCUCAACUCGCUGGCCUACCUGCUAAUGGCCGUGGUCUACACCCACCUGUACUGCGGCCUGGGCAAGAGCCACCUGCUGGAGCCCUUUCAGGCCAGCAUGGUCCGGCACGUGGCCUGGCUCAUCUUCACCAACUGCCUCUUCUUCUGCCCCGUGGCCGCCUUCUCCUUCGCUCCGCUCCUCACCGGCGUCGCCAACAGCCCAGAGAUCAUGAAGUCCGUGACGCUCAUCUUCUUCCCACUGCCCGCCUGCCUCAACCCCGUGCUCUACAUCUUCUUCAACCCGUACUUCAGGGAGGACUGGCGCCGACUACGGGGCCGCUCCUCCGCCAGGGCCGAGGCUGCGGGGCCAGGGCCGGUUCGGAGGGCCACGCAGGAUGAGGGCUCCGGGGCCGGCCACGGUGCAGCCUGCGAGUGUGGCAUGUACUCAGAGCUGCAGGCCAGCUUGGCCCUGUGUGACUGCUGUGAGUCUGUGUUGCUCUCGGCACCCCCUGUCUGCAAACACUUGAUCCGCUCCCACAGCUGUCCAGCACUGGCCGGGGGGCCUGGCCCACGGACCGAGGGCUACUGGGUAGACUGCGGCACCCCAUCGGCACAGUCAGAGUACGCCGACGAGGGUGACUCAUUCGUGUCCGACAGCUCCGACCAGGUGCAGGCUUGCGGUCGGGCCUGUUUCUAUAAGAGCCGUGGAUUCCCCCUCGUCCAUUACUCUUACAACAUCCCCUGCAUUAAGGACUGAGGCCGGACAGGUGUGCAGGACAGUCCUGCAAGUGUCCUCUUACAGAAACCCAUUCAGGAAGCACUUUUCCAAUCUCAGAGUGACUGGAGACCCGCCUCUCAAGAAGGGAAAUACGGCAAUACAGGAACCUCUCGAGCCAUGGAUCUUCGCUAAAUACUUCAGAUUCUCUCAUGCUUUAUCUAAGUCGAUUGCUGACGAUUCUGCAAAGGUUUCAGCAGAAAUAACUCGAUUCCAUGUGGCCAAUAUUUGGAAUGAAAAAAAUGUUUGAAAACAACGUAAGACCACAUGUUUUAAAUCAUGGGGAACUAAACGUAUAUGAAAUAGCUUGUUAACAUACUUUACCGAUGAGAACUGUUUCGUUUUGUCUACAGGAAAGUGCUGGAGGUCCAUCUUCUCUGCCAAAGACCUCCUCUGUACCAUUCCUAAUGGUGCAAUAGCAAUCAUCUAUUGUUGUGAUUUCUGCUUCAGACAAAAUGCCAAAUAGGUUGUUCUUUUCCUGCGUUAAAGGAAAUCCAGCUGUAGCGUACAGGCUUGAUGAGGGCAGGACUAACAACAGCAAUGUAAUGGAAAAUAAAUCAUGCUUUUUGUAGCUUGUUGUUGACAAUCAAAUUUAUGACUUUGCCGUUUUGUUCUCACUAAUUUCUUAACCUUAAGAUGUAAUUAUUUGUUAUGCCUGCAUUAGUGGGCUCUUGGUAGCGAAACAGGGUUUAUUGUGAUGUAUCGAUAUCGAACUCCUAAAAGGGGACGCGCCACCCUCAGGUGGACAUCUGAACUGCGGGCAGGACACCAUUCAUGGGUGUCGCCCAACUCAUUACACCCGUCAUGGUCAGAUUUGGUCGUAUUUCUAUCCAGUUUUGGGACGAACGUUUUCAAGUUUCCCAUUUCCAGAAAGACCAUAGCAAGACUAUAUAUAUAUUCCACCGAAAUCCUAAGCAUUUUGGUCACUACUACUACAUAUGUUUAGUCCACAGUCUACCUGAUGUGUGGCUGACAGCAGCCUGGCAUUUAAUCUGUUACCUCAGAUUGCAGAAGUAAGUGUGACUGUUUCAGGAAAACAGACAAUCGACAUUUUUGUUUUAGGAAAAUUAAACUUGCAAACUGUCACUAGUGUCGCAAAUGUGCUUAUUCCAUUUAAAAAGCGUUUUUUAAAUGAUUCAGUACAUGUUGUCUGUGUGCAAUUUUUAUUCUGAAUCCAGUAUGUUAGAUUAAUAGGGAUCUCGGAAAAUAACGAUUCUGUGACGAGAACUGAUCAGUGAAAAUGUGUUCUGAUUGUUUUUUUGUUUUUUUUUUACUUGAAUGCAUACAAUACAUCAUGAUUUUAUGUGAUUCAUCCCCAUAACAAGGACCUUCUCUGCUGGGAUCUGAGUGGGGCUGUACUACAGCAACAAUGUGCUUUGAAACUGCAUCGCUGGUGAUGAUCACUAUUAACCAGCAGGUGGCAGUGCAGGAAAGUUAAUAGAAUUUAAAAAAACUUGACGUGACCUUGCCUUCUGCAGUUAUACCAAACAUGUACACAGGGUGUGAACAGGACAGAACAGAGCAGAUUUCCAAAACAACCCAAAUGAGGCUUGAGUUCCUCCUCCAUGUUGAUGUCUCCUUUUUGUCCACAGACUCAUAAAACCAGUACGGUACCGUGGUGUCUCUUGCAAUUACAGUUUCUGUUUUACUUAUCUGGGUAAUGUGAAAUUUACAAAACGCAAGUCUGCAUACACACGUACCCAAACACCAUAACCAUAAAUGGUAAGACCUUCAGAUCAUUUUCAUGUUUAAAUACAGAGCAGGAGAGUUUUCAGAUGGAAUGAGGCUGGGAUCGUCUGUCUCUUCUUUUGGAAUACAUUUAACAUUCUGUGGGGGACAUUCUUGAGGGUGGUGUGCAUAUUAUUGGCCAGUCAUAAGAAAGCAAGGCGAUUGUUAGCUUUUUGUUUAGCCAUGGUGGACUAUUAUAUGAAUUAAAGUGAAUUAAUAAAGGAAUCAUGUUAUAACUGCUUUUAAAAUCUGCUACAGAGACUUAACUAAAAUCACACCUAUUUCUUUGUAUAGUAAGGAAUAUGAACUUACCAGCAUUAAUAGGUCUGUAUGUAUCCUUCGGUCUGCCUGUGGUAAAUUAUUUUAUAGCUGACAGUUAAUGUUUCCCAACCAUGGAAGCUACCUCUUUGAACUGUAGUAGCUGUCAGUGGAGAUGCGUGGAUUUAUGGUUGUAUAAAUGUUUUCUGUUGCAUCCCCCCCCCCCCAUUGUAAAUAAAUGUAGUUGUACAUUGUCACCAAAUAAUUCACAUUUAGCUUAUACCAGUUGUGGGAGGAUAAAGUACUGUAUGUAUACUGUCAUUUUUGUAAACCAAACAACUAUAUAAAUAUUAUUUGAUUUA